AUGCAUCCUCUGAGGCAAGCACCUGUUCCGAUGCAACAGCCGACUCCUAAGAGCCAGAUCCACGUCAAUGUAGCUGUUUUGGAGGAUAAAUGCGCGCAAGAGCAAACCCUCGAAGUUCUGUCGCCUUUGUCUCGCCUGCAGACAAUAAUGGCCAUAUUCCAGCUUUGUGGUGUCAAUUUAGCGUGGAGCAUCUCUAAUGGACUUGUAAUCAUUAGCCUCCCGCAGCUGACGGUAGAUCUUAGUCUACCAGAGUCGCUUGCCUUCUGGCCGUCUUCAAUCCAAGGACUAGCUACCGCCUCAACCCUGCUAUUUGCAGGCGGCGUCGCCGAUGUCCUUGGGCCACGAAUGGUGAACCUUACUGGAUGUUUAACCAAUGGAGUCUUCAUGGUCUCCAUCGGGUUUGUCAAGAACGGGAAAGAGUUUGUUGUUCUUCGGGCCCUGCAGGGUGUUACAAUAGCCCUACAUUUGGCCAGCUCGGUGGCUCUCGUGAGCAGCACUCAACCGCGUGGCCGGUGCCGCAACCUAUCGUUCGCUUGUCUAGGCCUCAGCCAGCUUCUAGGGUUUACUCUCGGGCUGAUCAUAGGUGGUGUAUUGGUUGAUCGCAUUGGAUGGCGCUUGGGAUGGUAUCUGUGCGGAGGUAUGGCCCUGCUAUUAUUUGUUGUGGGGAUGUGGGCACUGCCUGAAUCAACACUACCCGGUUGCCUCCGAGCUACCGUGCGUAGCUUGAGGCUCAGGGUCGACUGGGUAGGGACCCUGCUUGCAUCUGCCUUUAUGGCUCUGCUGUCUUACUUCCUAUCUAUAAUCGGGACCGAUGCUCAUCGCAUCAAGGAAGUGGGCAGCAUCUUGGUUCUGUGUCUUUGCCUCGUGACCGUACCCCUCUUCAUCGGUUGGAUGGGCUUCCAAGUCAAAAGAAAUAAGCCAGCGCUGAUUCCCAACGGACUCUGGUCAAAUGGUGCGUUCGCGGCCGUCUGUGUCACCAUCGCUUUGUCAUUCGCGGCAUUGAACUCUAUGGACCUCAUGACUAGCCUCUAUUUUCAGGAAAUCCAGCACCUCUCGGCUCUUGAUGCGGCUAUCCGUAUCCUCCCCAGCGCUAUCAUGGGGGUAGCGCUCAACUUGGCGACAGGUUUUAUAGUAGACAAAUUACCGGCUUUCUGGCUCAUGGCCGGCGCCACUUUGCUGUCAUCGGGUUCGCCUCUUCUUAUGGCUUUGGUCAAGCCCGAAUGGCCUUACUGGACUGGUGCCUUCUUUGCGCAGCUUCUUCUGCCGUUCUCCUUCGACAUUCUCUUUACUGUUGGACAUCUCAUAAUUACCGAAGCAUUUCCCGAAGAAAGUCAAUGUCGGGCCGGUGCUGUUUUUCAUACAGCUGCACAGUUUGGAAACGCUGUGGGUUUAGCUACAACCCAAGCGGUUUCGACUUCGUUCACGAAGAAAUAUUCUCACCUGGAGUAUUCGCAGGCGCUCUUAGUCGGUUUCCGUGCCGGAUUCUGGGCCAUACUCGCCCAGAGCCUUCUGUGUCUGCUUGUUGGAGUAAUCGGUUUGAGAAAAGCGGGGAAAGUCGGGCUGGCGGACAAUCGAGCUUUGUCAUCAUCUCUUUGA